CUUCCAAUUAUUAUCCACAAAACGGAUAAAACUAUUGACGAGGCUCCACCUUAUUAAGAACAAAUUAACUUCUAGAGUUCCAACACUAAACACUUAUCUAAUUCUUACAUUUUCUCGAUAAAAUCUCGUUUUUACUCAUCAGAAUUUUGGAGACCCUAGAAAAAAAAAAGCAGUCCAUUUAAUCAGAUCGUUGGAGAUGAAGAUAAUGGUGGCAGUUAAGCGUGUCGUUGAUUACGCCGUCAAAAUCCGAGUCAAGCCUGAUAAGAGUGGGGUAGAAACGAAGAAUGUAAAAAUGUCAAUGAAUCCGUUUUGUGAGAUAGCGUUGGAAGAGGCGCUUCGAAUUAGGGAGGCUGGGUUGGCGUCGGAGGUAGUGGCAGUGAGUAUGGGACCAGCACAGUGUGUUGAUACUUUGCGUACGGGUUUAGCCAUGGGUGCUGAUCGAGCCAUUCAUGUCGAGUCUUCAUCAGCUGAUCAUUUUUAUCCUUUGAAUGUUGCCAAGUUGCUUAAGGCUCUUGUUGAUGUUGAAAAGCCUGGUCUUUUAAUUCUUGGAAAACAGGCUAUUGAUGAUGAUUGCAACCAAACAGGACAAAUGGUGGCUGGACUUCUCAAUUGGCCCCAAGGAACAUUUGCAUCUAAGGUUGUGCUGGAUAAGGAGAAAAAGACUGCAACUGUUGACAGAGAGGUGGAUGGUGGUAUUGAGACUAUAUGCUUAGACUUGCCAGCAGUCGUAACAACUGAUUUGAGAUUGAACCAGCCCAGAUACGCUACACUUCCCAAUAUUAUGAAGGCAAAAUCGAAGCCUAUAAAGAAGGUUAGUCCCGAGGAGCUAAAUGUACAUAUAAGAUCUGACUUAGAAGUCCUUGAAGUUUCUGAACCUCCAAAGAGGAAAGCAGGGGUCAUAUUGUCUUCAGUGGAUGAGCUUAUAGACAAACUUAAAAAUGAAGCUCGUGUGAUAUGAGCUUAUUGUCUUCAGGGUCCACUUUGAAAUUGAGAAUACAUGGGCCAUAUGGAUUCUAAGUGGUGGUUUGAAAAGUCGGACAAUUCAUAGAAACUUUUAUUAUCUGAAAAUGUAAUAUGACAUAAUGAACUUUGGAUCAAUGGUCACCGUGACCAAGUGCUUUACAUGAAUUAUAAUUAAAUGAAAAAUUGUAAUUAUGAAAAAAAACAUGACGAUGUUAGUUAGUGGAUUGUCAAUGGCAUAAUGCACUGAUGGACAAGGUGUUAGCUUCAA